CAACACACCAGCCACCAUCACUGUCACCACACAGACGCUGUUUAAACCCAACGAAGAUGGGCAACCGAUGCAGGUGGUGGUGCUGGUGGGGGCCCCGGGGAUGGGGAAGAUGAUGAUGGUGAGGAAGGUGAUGGUAGAGUGGUUGGAAGGGAGCCUCUGCGCACAGUGUGAGUACAUCUUCUGCAUAGACUGUAAAGACCUUGCCAUUACCAAAGAAGCGAGCGUGGCAGACGUGGUUUCAAAACGCUGCCCUCACAAGUGGGCGCCAGCUGGGAAGAUGCUGGAUGACCAGAAGAAGAUCCUGUUCAUUUCUGAUGGCUUCGAGGCCCUGGGAUUUUCCUUGGUUCAGCCUGAAGAUGAGCUGAGCUCUGACCCCAGGGAAGUGAAGGCGCUGGAAACCACCCUGAGGAGCUUGUUGAAGAAGACUGUCCUCCCCGAGUCCUCCUUGCUCAUCAUCACGAGGCCGAUGGCUCUUCAAUGCCCUGGGCGGUGCCUGGAGGGUGAGUAUUAUGCGGAGAUACUGCGGUUUUCGGCAGCCACGAGGGAGGAGUAUUGCUAGAGGCAUUUUGAGAACGACAAUAAAGGCAACGUGGUCUUCAGGUUUGCCAGAGGCAAUGAGAUCCUCUACAACUUGUGCGUCAUCCCCAUCAUGAGCUGCACGGUCUGCACCAUCCUUGAACAAGAGCUUUACAAGAAGAAAAACCUCAUCAAGUGCUCUAAAGCUACCCCGCGGAUGAACGUCUUUUACCUCUCCCGGUUAAUGAAGUGCAGAGGCAGGGACAACCCGCAGGACCUCCAGCAGUUCCUGCACAAGCUCUGCUCCUUGGCUGCUGACGGUGUCUGGACGCACAAGGUCCUCUUUGAGGAGAAGGAAAUCAAGGAGCGUGGCUUGCACCAGCCAGAACUUCUCCCCCUCUUCGUCAACGAGAAGAUCUCAAAGAAAGGUGCAGACCAUGGGAACAUCUACAGCUUCACCCGCCUGCACCUCCAGGAUUUUUUUGCGGCCAUGUUUUAUGUUCUGGAGGACGAUGAGGAAAUGGCUGGGGACUCGGGGGCUCUCGUGAAGGACAUAAAUAUGUUAUUAGAAAGCUAUAGCAAGUCCAGGAAGGAUUUGAACUUAGUGGUGCGUUUCCUGUUUGGUCUGGUAAGCCAAAAAUCAAUAGAGUAUGCGGACGAAAUCAUCGGGUGCAGAAUUUCACCACGAGCCAGGGAAGAUGUGCUGAGGUGGCUUCAGGGGAGGCAUGAAGGCGUCUCCCGCCCCAGCCAAGCACUGACACUUUCAGAGCUGGACACUUUCCACUUUUUGUUCGAGAUGAACGAGAAAAGCUUUGUGCAAAGUGUGUUGGGUCAUUUCACCGACACAGACUUGCAGGACAUCAAGUUGACCCUGUACAACCAAACGGCUCUUUCCUUCUGCAUCAGGCAGUGGGCUGGGCUGGGCUGCGUCACCCUCCGGGGAUGUUCCUUCGACCAGCAGGACCCCAGGGAAGAGCUGGCCACAGCGCUGGCCCGCUCCAGUGCCUCGGGAGCCAGCGGACAUCCCCAUCCCUUCGUCGAGCAGCAGCAGGAGGAGCUGCUCUCCCCCAUGCACCUGCUCUGCCGGGCACCGCGGCACCGGAGCAGCAACCUGCGGACACUGCGGUAA